AUGGCUUCUAUAACAUUGGUUAUUUCAUUUAUUAUUUUAUUAUUAACAAUAUAUUCUUAUUCAGCACCAAUUGAACAACUAUAUGAUACUUCAACAUCGGAAUAUGAAUUUAGUACUGGUACAUUAUUGGUUGAUCAUGAAAAUGGAAUUAAUAUGCAAGUAAUGUCCAAUGAAGAAUCAACUUAUGUACCUGAUGAACAAACAUUUACUAAACCCAAUGUUGUUGAAUUAACAACACCAGAUCAACUUGAAUAUCCUGAUGAUGUAUCACUUCCAUCAAGUACAAUUGAUGAUUUAUUAUUUACAUCAUCACCAAUGUCAUCGAUGUUUGAAACAACAUCAUCAUCAAAUGAAACCAAUGAUCAACAUAUUUCAGAUGAUGAUUCAUCUACAUCUACAGAAUCAAAUAUGCAACCGGAAUCAGAAGUAGUUACACCUAAUAAUGUUCAAAACGAAGUCGAAUCAUCAACAUCAUCAAACAAUGAUGUUGUUCAAAAUAAUAAUGAAAUGGAAACCUCAACAAAUGCUGAACCAUCAUUUGUUGACUCUGAAUCACAAACAUCAACAGUUUCAUCAUCUGUUGAAACUGAAUCAGAUACUACAUCAGAAGUAUCAUCAUCUGAAGAAUCUGAGUCACACACAUCAGUUGCACCUGAAUCAGAAACAACAACAACAUCAUGGUCUGUUGAAUCUGAAUCACAAACAACAACAACAUCAUCUGCUGAAACUGAAGUCGAUGCAGUGGAAGUGUCAUCAUCAGAAGAAUCUGAAUCACAUACAUCAACAACAACAACAACUGAAUCAAACACAUCAGAAGCAUCAUCUACUGAACUUGAAUUGGAUACAGUAGAAACAUUAUCAACUGUUCAACCUGAAUUAGAAACAUCAUCAUUAGUUGAUUGGUCCAGUACAUCUACUGGAAUUUUAAAUGAUGAUCAAUUAGAAGAAAAAGCAACAAAAUUUGAUUACGGUAAAAGUGAUCAAUCAAGUGAAGAAUCAGAAACAGAACAAUUAACAACAUCUGUUUCAACUGUUUCAGGUCAAGUUGAAAUAAUCGUUGACGAUGAAUCAGAUGACUGA